CCAAUAUGUCUUCCACCUCUCCCCGUGAUCCCGCGCGUCUUCGCCAUGCCCUCCAUCCGCUCUCAACCUCGUCUCUGGCGGGCUACGGCAACCAGCUCGUCUCGCCCAUAUCCGCCGUGUCCAUGGCUUCCUCUCAAGUGCAGGCGAUACACACGCCGGCCAGCGCCAUCCUGCCGUACAACCCCCAGGAAUGGGUAGCUUCGCCAGCGGCCAUGGCGGCGACGGAACGGCCGCUUUCGCUUGUUGGCAGUGAAGCUCAGGCUUCUCCCCCUCCCCCUCCGCCUUACACGCCGAGGAGAAACAUGCAGCAGCAGCAGCAGCAGCCCCGUCCUGUCACCAUGGCCUUCGACUACGCGCCGGCGCAAGUGGUCGUUGCUCCUCCGUCGCGCUUCUCUAGCCUGCUGGGCCACCGGCCCUCUCCCGAGCCACCGGCUGCUACUCGCUCGUUUCCUCCGCCGCCGGGCGCCAGUGGCAGGGGAAGUUCACGAGAGCGCUUGUUUGCGCUGGCGUCUCUGGGAAGACGGAGAGACACUGAAUCAUCCAACUCACCAGAGCCAGUUCAUUCUGCUUCAAGACGGAGCGUUGGACCGGCCUAUUUCCACGCGCAAGAUGCUGCGUCUAUCUCUAUCGUCAACGUCGACGCCGUUCCCCCAGCAUCUCGCAGAGCCGCCUCCACUGGCGCCAUCGAUACUCCGACAUCUGCUCGCUCUCGAUCUACUUCUCAGACAAGAUGGGAGCCUGGAAUGCCUCUUCCGCCACCCCCACCGGGACCACCGCCGUCGUCGAGCAGGUCGCAAAGCGUGCAGGGCAUGGACAGGAACAAUGUCCCCAUCAUCUCUCCGCCGACGCGCCGGCCCCCGCCGUCCGGCAUAUCGUCUCUUGGACCCGUCCCCCCAACGCCGGCGGAUUGGUCGUCACAACAGCUGCAGCUGCCGCAGCCAAUCCCGCCGCCGAAAGGGCGAUCCCCCAACCUGACAAUUGAUACAAGGAGCGCCAGCCAUCCUGCCGAGCCCAUCCAACCGCCCCUGAACUCUUCAGGCAGCGCGAGUGGCCUCAACCGUGCAAAGGCCGUGCGCCACGACAAGACCAUCUUGCAAAGGAGAAGCGAGAGUCGCACCCGGCAUGAAUCGCGGGGUUCUGUUGACAGUACGAUACAGGUGCAGCAGAUUGCCGACAUUGUUGUCCCUGCGAAUGGCAGCGGCCUGGCUCGCAAGCUCACGCUCGGCAAGGCGACUCCCCGGAGCAACGGUAAAGCCCCGAUGGACCAGCCCCUUACCGGCGAAUCAUCAGGGCAGCACGACUCUCGCAAUUCGACCCCACGAGCACCAGACUCGGCCACGUUGCUGCAUCGUGAAGUCGCAACACCACCGUUUUCGCCGACACUGGCCAAGCCGUACCGGCAAGGCGGCGGAAGCCAAGGUAGCGUGCCGAAGUCUUUGCCAACGCCGCCGCCUCAGACCAGGUCUGCAUCUGGGUCAGUCAUUGCAGAGGCAUCACGCCUGUCUUCGUCUACGGCGGCGUUGCCGUCAAAGGACAUGAUUGUGAACCAAAGCGCGGCGGAAUUUGCAACGGGGUCCAUUGAGAGAUUCCGAUCGUUUGCCAUCAAGGAAGCCUCGGCUGCAACUGACGCGGACCGGGUUCGUCUCUUUUCAGACUUUAUAGUCACCGAGUCUAGGAUACGGCGUGAGAGAUACUCUGCGGCCAUUGGAGCCAUGGGAUCGGAAAUCUUCGACCUGAGCCGUGACUUGUUCCGCCCGAUGGACUCGAUCCGACGAGAGUCGAUAACCUCCCAAUCCGUGGGUGACUGGACGCCAGGAUCUUCGGAACCCAACCGUUCUCACAGGGGCUCUGUCAGCUCUGUACACCAAGUGGACGAUUCAUCGAGCUCGGCACCCGCAUCAGCCAGCCUGCCACCGUCUCCUGGGAUAAAACAACCUCCCAACUGGGGCGGUGCCGCAAAUUACAUGCCAUCAUUGUCUCCUAUCCUUAGCAUGAGCGUGAGCGACAAUCACGAAAACGGCAGCUCACGAGGGAGACCUCCCAGCCGUUGGUGGGAGACGGACUCGAAUGGCGACCCGAAUCGCAGCGGACUCGAAAGAUCGAAGCGAGAAUCCAAGUAUAUGGGCGUCCCCAAGGACCAGUGGAUUGAGGAACAGACGACGCCGCACUAUGUGCCCACCAGCGAGCAAUUCUCUGCGUCGGAGUAUCCCCCGGAAAAGACGGGCUGGCAUGAUCAGGGAGAGGUGUGGACUCCUCAGCAGUCGAGCACUUCUGUGGCUUCUACGCCGUCCACGGCAACCAACAGGCGUGGCCUCUUGGACGUUUCCAGACUCGUGACCAUGCCGCCUCCUUAUCCGAGGCAUCACCCUGCGGUGAAUAACAACCACCCCGAGCUGGCCUCGAUCCGCGCGUCGGUGCGAUCUCUGAGCGAGCUGGCGGAAAUUGAAGGAUCAAAGAAGCGAUUUGCCGCGGAUAGUCUCCGACGCCGUGAAGAUGCUUCCAAGGCGGCAGCAGAGCGCCGCCAAGCUUUGAGAUCAAAUCUGCAGAAGGAGAUUAGCUUGGGGAAUCUGGGCUACGCUGAUGCUGCGGCGAUUGAGUCGGACUUUAACGAACAGGAAAAGGACAAGAAGAAGGAGGUGGAAAAGCUGGAGUACGAGCACUUUCAGAACCAGGUGGUGCUGCCGCUGAACGACAUCUUGACGGAGCGCAUCUCUCGAGCAACCGAGCUGUUUGACGAGCUGGCCCGCCACCUGUUUGACAGCAGCGAGAUCGACGCCGACAUGCCGCAAGAAGAGGGAGACGACAAGCCGGAGCUGCUGGAGAAGCUGACGCUCCUGAAAUGGAUCUUUGAGCAGCGCGAAUCGCUGCACCGGGCCAUCUACGACUUGCUCUCCGACCGCAACGCUCGCUAUCGCGACGUUGUGCUGACGCCGUAUCGAUUGUCUGGAAACGCCGAGAAGCUCAAGUCGGCCGAGGCCUUUUUCAGAGAGGACGCGGAGAAGCGGGAGUAUGCGUAUGCCAACGAGGUGCUGAACCGGGCGCGCGAGUUCAGGUCGGUGAUGGAGGAGGCGGUAGCGCGAGGCAUCGAGCUGCAACUGUCGGCGUUUUGGGACAUUGCUCCACCGCUGUGCGGGCUCCUGGACAGCAUCCCGAUGGACCUGGAGGGCUUCGGGGUGCAGAUCCCGGCGUCAGAGUACGAGGAGAACCCCGCGUAUCACGAGCACCCGCUGCAGUACCUGUACAGCCUGCUUCUCCACGCCGAGAAGAGCACGUACCAGUUCAUCGAGGCGCACACGAACCAGCUGUGCCUCCUGCACGAGGUCAAGGAGGCCGUCGUCAACGCCAAGGCGCGGGUGCUGGCGACGCAGCUCGCCGAAGCGGACGGCACGCCGAUCCGGCCCGAGGACCGGGAGCUGCGCGCGCAGCAGAUGAGGGAGGUUGAGAACCGGCGGCUGACGGAGGACCUCAAGGACAAGGUCCGGCUGGUGCAGGACCAGUGGGACAGCUCGCUGGGGGCGGCGAUGACGGCGGUCAAGGAGCGCACGGGGGAGUGGCUGCUGCAGACGGGGGGGUGGGACGAGACGUUGGAGGAUAACGGAGUUGGAGUUGUGUGA